CCUCAUGUUGUGGGGACCCUGUUUGCACUGUCACAUUAUGGGGACUUGUCGUCCUUAUGCAGACAAACUACUUUUUAAGGUGAAGACAUGUUUUAAAGUUAGGCUAAGGUUAUGAUUAGUAUAAGACCACUAGUAAUUCAGUCAAUGCAGUGUCCUCAGAGGUAGGGCUGGGUAUCGCUACCAAUAUCGAUUUGAUUCAAUUCCAAUAUAAACUGGAAUAUUUCAGUUACAAUACCACUCUUAGUGGGAAUUGAAAACAUUUUUUUACGGAAUUAAUAUGUUACUUAUACAAAUAUUCCUCACAACUGGCAUAGAAUAUUUAACAACAGAAUCCAAAGCAGUUACAUUAAUAUACUUUUUAUCUAACGUGACCAGCACACCCCUCCAGGAGCCACCACCUUAUCAAGGUGGAGAGGUUUGCAUGUCCCAAUGAUCCUAGGAGCUAAGUUGUCGGGGGGCUUUAUGCCCCUGGUAAGGUUACCCAAGGCAUACAGGUCCAAGGUGAGGGACCGCACUCUACCUUGCCUGGAUGACGGUCACCGGGGGGCCUGAUGGCCAGCACCUGGUGUUUGGGCCUGCAACCAUGGGACACGGCCAGGCACAAUCCAAAGACGCAACAUGGGUCCCCCUUCCAAUGGGCUCACCACCUUUGGGAGGGGCCAUGGGGGUUGGGUGCACUGUGAAUUGGGUGGUGGUCGAGGCGAGGACAUUCCUCACCUGCAGAAGCUGGCUCAAGAGACGUGGAAUGUCACCACUCUGGCAGGCAAGGAGCCUGAGCUGGUGCUCAAGGUUGAGAAGUUCUGACUAGAUAUAGUUGGACUCGCCUUGACACACAGCUUGGGCUCUGGAACCAGUCUCACUGAGAGGGGUUGGACUUGUUUCCACUCUGACGUUUCCCCUGGUGAGAGGAACCAAGCAGGUGUGGGCAUACUCAUUGCCCCUGGGCUCGGUGCCUGUACAUUGGGAUUCACUCUGGUAGAUGAGAGGGUAGCCUCCCAUCCACAUUCGGGUGGAGGGGAUGGGUACUAACUGUUGUUCGUGCCUAUGCAUGGAACAGCUGUUCAGAGUACCCACCCUUUUUGGAGUUCCUGGAGGUGGUGCUAGAAAGGAAUCCUACUGCUGAGGAUUCCUUUGUUCUGCUGGGGACUUCAAUGCUCACGUGGGCAAUGACAGUGAGACCUGGAGGGGUGUGACUGGGAGGAACGGCAACGUGAUCCGAGCCCGAAUGGUGCUUUGUUGCUGGACUAGUACAGUAUGUAAAGUGCCUUGAAAAAAUGUAUGUUGUGAUUCAGUGCUAUACCAAUCAGACACGCCUGGCUUCUUCCGCAUGUUUUUUCAUGCCCUUCCACAUGUUAUAUCAGAUUGGCCCCUGGACCCUAUGGUCAUUAAAUGCCUGUGUGUACGACUAUGAUGUGAUUGACAGUGGACCUCACAGACGGGGUUAUUUUACUGGCCAAACUGAAAAACACGUGAUGUCAUGGUUGAGUAGAGACGAUGAAACAAACAUGCUGAGGAAAAUAGGAGGUCCACCGAGAAAGAGAUAAAAUCCACUGCUGCAGGCAGAAGACUGGGCAGUGUCUUGUCUUGGCCUCACUGUAACGAUGCAAACCCUCGAUGAAGUCGACCUCUGUUUCCCACAACUUCUCAACGCCUCCUGCAGGAAGACAGCAUUGCCUCCGGCUGUGUCCAUGCUCAGUAAGAUCAUGCUGACGUUCAUCGGCAUGCUCACUGUGAUUCUCAACCUGCUCGUCAUUGUCUCCAUCUCCCACUUCAGGCAGAUCUACACCCCCACCAACAUCAUCCUACUUUCUCUGGGUAUCUCAGAUUUCCUAGUGGGCUUCCUUAUUUUCAUUCAAACCUCUGCGAUAGACGGCUGUUGGUUCCUCGGUGACUUCAUGUGUCUUCUGUACUACGUGCUGGAAUACAUCAUCACCGCUUCCUCGAUAGGAACCAUGGUCCUAAUAUCAGUCGAUCGCUAUGUGGCUAUUUGUGACCCAAUGCAUUACCGAACCAAAGUCUCUGAAAAAAGAGUUAAGAUGUGUGUUUGUGCUUGUUGGGGGGGUUCAACCCUCUGUCACUGUGUGCUGCUGAGGAACAACCUGAAACAGCCAGGCAGCCUGAAUUCAUGCAUCGGAGAGUGUGUCCUGCUAAUCAAUAACAUCUCUUUAGUCAUAGAAAUGAAUGUGUCCUUUGUUGGUCCUGUCAUUGUCGUCAUCGUCCUGUAUCUCAGAGUCUUUGUGGUUGUUAUCGCUCAGGUCCGUGCCAUGAGAGUGCACACGGCAGCUGGUCCUCAACAGAGCUCAGUCAAAGUAAAGAAAUCAGAAAUGAAAGCGGCACGGACUCUCGGCGUUGUCAUCGUUGCGUUUUUGUUAUGCAUCUGCCCGUUUUAUUGUGGUACGGUGACAGGCGAGGACAUCCUGCUCAGUGUGUCAAGUGAUGCAUCAAUUAGACUUCUGUUCUACUUUAACUCGUUUUUAAACCCACUGAUAUAUGCUUUUUUCUAUCCCUGGUUUAGAAAAUCUAUCAAACUGAUUUUAACACUUCAAAUACUGAAGCCCGGCUCCUCUGACUUUAAAUUAAUGUAAAGAGAACGGAGGUGAUGAGAAUUUUUUAUUUUUUUUUAUUUUCAAAUGUUGGGAUCUUACAGAGCAAUAGAGAAAUGCAGUGAACAGAGUAAAGUUUAGUGCUGCAUGCAAAAUCCCAGCCAUGUGCAGCACAACACACGUGGGAAGCCUGAAAACAUGAUGUCUUUUAUUGCCUAUAAUGCAUAAUAUAUGUCACAUAUUGUGCUAAGAAUAUGUUAUAGAUAUUGCACAAGUUAAUUCCCACAAGUUUUCUGCCCCUAAAUGUCAAUUUCUCUGUCUCAUUUAUACUUUUAUCAUUGCUUUUUAACAUUAUAUACAUAUGCACAAUGACUCUCUGUGACCGAGCUGUGAUUUAAAUAGUUGUUUUUUUUCUGCUUUUGUUUCUCCAAGAUGUGACUCAGCAAAAUCUGUGAGGGCCGGGUCAUUAAUAAUCUCACAUGCAUUUUUAAGGAUUUGUUCUUGAUGAAUUUUGUAAAGCUUGUGUUUGUGCAAAUUAAAAUUAGGAACUUUUUGUUGGUUUUCUGUGGAAAUUUGAAUUUAAAGUUGCUGUUAGUAAAAAAAUUUUAUGAUGUGAGCCAAAUCUAUGUUUUGGCUUCUUUCACUGAGCUACAACAGUUGUUCUCAGACAACAAGCACUGAGAAUCCCACUCAUCCAUGAAUUUAAGACCCACACUGUUUAAACUCAUGUUUAUUUUGCAAAUACCUUCAUGGAAGGCCCUAAAUGAAUAUCCUGUUUUAUAUAGGUCGAGAGGUGAUGUACGAUGUUGGUAUUUUAUAAGAAAUGUGCUUAAAAUGUCUAGUUUUCACUUGAUUUUGUUUAUUUUGCACAAUACAAUACAUAAAAAUUAUGAUAUGAAUAUCUUGAAUUAAAUUCAGAGCAGUCACAAUGUCAAAGUGUUGUUGAUGAUGUCUGUAAUAUAAACUUGGAUAAUCCUGAA